AUGUCGAACAUCUUCGGAGGGGGAAGAUUCUUCUUAUCCCGUGCUAUCCCACAACGGACGCAGCUGAAAGAAACGAUUGAGAAACAUGGUGGCAGCGUUGUCCUGCUGGAGAAAGAUGCCGAUAUCAUUCUGGUGGAUCAUUUGAGGAAAACCCAAACCAUCCCUCCAAACGCAUUAUCUUAUCGAUAUGUCGAGCAGUCAGUUCGACAAGGAAAGUUGGAAGACCCUGCAUCCCACCGGGUCGGCCCAGCUGCGCCCCGUCCGAUGGGCGCGUCUAAUAUCCCCACAAAGACCACCAGGAGAAGCUACACCUUGGAAGAUGAUCGGAUAGUUUUCGAUUGGCUGUACCCUUGGGAACAAGCAAAAGGUGCGCCAACGCACGGCACCACUAUUUACAAGAAUCUGGCUGAGCGACUCUCUGGAUCAACCUCCGGAUGUCGCAACACGGCCACGCAAAACACCCCCCAGGAGCCGCCUGACCAACAUAGCGAUCCAUCCGUUCCUAUUCCAGAACAAACCCGCCCUCAAACUCCAUCAAUAUCAGCGCCAACUAUCCCCACAGAAACAGAUGAAUCUCCCAAACACACCGUGGAUCCGCUAUUCCAACAUCUACCAUUCUUCCCAUCAAGCUCGGAACCAGAAACCGAAGACAACGAAGAGCAGGAGGAAGAAGACGACGAUGAUGACAGUGAUCCAGAAGACUACCCCGACAUAAAUAGCUGGGUUCAAGCACAAGUGGCGAGAGGCGCCGACGUAACAGCCGUACUGAACGCUCUACGCUAUACAAGCAUGGAACAAUCGCUGGCAAGAAAAUUACUAAAAAUCAUAAUGGCUGGCAACCCAAUGCCCGACAACAUGCGUGGAGUGUGGACGGAGGAAGACGAUCGAUGCUUGGAAAGUCCGGAUGCUCGCGACAUCGAGCGGGUGACUAAGAAGCAUGGCGACAGGCUAUUCCAAGCCCGAUGGGAGUACCUCGAGAUGGCUCGAGAAAGAGGAUUAGUUGAAUAA